CGCCCGACACGCGGCACCGGCGAGGGGCACUGCACCAGCAUCGGGUCGCGGCCGCUCCAGCCAGAGCCUGCCCCCUGCUGUGGGACCGCCGGCAGACCACCCUGGGCCGUCGGAAAGAUGAGCGGCUGCGGGAGGAAGGCCCUGACCCUGCUGAGCAGCGUGUUCGCCGUCUGCGGCCUGGGCCUCCUGGGCAUCGCUGUCAGCACCGACUACUGGCUGUACCUGGAGGAGGGCGUGGUCCUGCCCCAGAACCAGAGCACGGAGAUCAAGAUGUCCCUGCACUCGGGCCUGUGGCGUGUCUGCUUCCUCGCAGGAGAGGAGCGCGGACGCUGCUUCACCAUCGAGUACGUGAUGCCCAUGAACUCGCAGCUGACGUCCGAGUCCACGGUCAACGUUCUGAAAAUGAUUCGCUCGGCCACACCGUUCCCUCUGGUCAGUCUCUUUUUCAUGUUCAUUGGGUUCAUCCUGAGCAACAUCGGACACAUCCGUCCCCACAGAACAAUACUGGCCUUCGUCUCCGGCAUCUUCUUCAUCCUCUCGGGCCUCUCUCUCGUGGUGGGCCUGGUCCUCUACAUCUCCAGCAUCAACGACGAGAUGCUCAACAGGACCAAGGACGCAGAGACCUAUUUCAGCUACAAGUACGGGUGGUCCUUCGCCUUCGCUGCCAUCUCCUUCCUGUUAACGGAGAGUGCGGGCGUGAUGUCCGUGUACCUGUUCAUGAAGAGGUACACGGCUGAGGACAUGUACAGGCCUCACCCCGGCUUCUACCACCCGCGCCUGAGCAGCUGCUCAGAUUACUCAGGCCAGUUCCUCCACCCCGACGCCUGGACCCGGGGCCGCAGCCCCUCGGACAUCUCCAGCGAUGCCUCCCUGCAGAUGAACAGCAACUACCCAGCCUUGCUCAAGUGCCCCGACUAUGACCAGAUGUCGUCCUCCCCCUGCUGAGCCUCGCGGCCUCCCUCCCAGGACCGUGGACAGCCAGGCAGCCUCUCCCGUGCGCCCCCGCUGGCCUGAGAGCCCAGGCCUGUGGCUGGCAGGCGGGCUGCCCCCACGCUUAGCUGUCACCUGACCCCUGUCUCCCUGCCUCCCCCACAGCAUCUAUAACUGCCCCACCGUGGUGUCAGGAGUCUGGAGCCAGCGGGCAAGCGGAUUGGCUGAGAGCAUGGGUUAGCCCCACCUCUUGAGUGCCAAUCACUUCAGCAGCUCUCCCCUCUCCUGGGACAGGUGGGUGUCCCAACUGUGUAUUCAUCCCUGUACCCCAACUUCAUGGCCGCAGGCCAAGGCCAGCUCUGAGAUGCCAAGUCCCUUCCACAGACCCAGCUGGACUUGUGUACUUGCCAACUGGCCUGGGCCUCACGUUCGUGGUCUGGACCAUCGGACGAAAGGUGGCUUGUAGGGGGGUCCGGCUGGUUCCACACUGUCAGGCAGUGUUCCCUGUGAAAUCUUUUGUUCUUUUAUCACCCAUAUUCGUCCA